UAUGUGGGCAUAUAUGUACUAAACAGUUGACGAUAACAAAACACAAGGUUCUCCCAAAUGGAAAUACAUAGAAUUUUGCAUACGCUUAAAUGGCAAUUGCGCCUGCGUCUACUAGUCAUUCCACUUUUAACAAUGACUGCGUGUGGUGCUAAUACUGAAAGCGUCUCGGACAACACUUGCGGCGUAGUGGGUGCGGGGAAAGAUCAGGCACGUUACGAUCACUACCGCAUUUAUAAUGUCCAGUUUGAUAACGAGGAGCAGAUCGCACUGUUCCAGCAACUGGAGAAGGAGAGCGACAGCCUCACAUUCAUUGGCCACGCACGCGAAAUCGGCCAAAAGCUAUCCAUAUUGGUCGCUGCUCAUCGCGUAGCGGACUUUGCGGAUCUGCUGGAGACAUACAAGCUGCAGCAUCGUGUUUUGACGUAUAAUUUCCAGGAAAAAAUUGAUCGCAAUAUGCGUGAAGUUUUGCCGGAGCAUAUCGAUGCAUCCAAGUACGACUGGCAGCAUUUCUUUCACCUAAAGACCAUUUACGAUUGGAUGGAUCGCAUGGCUGCCAAAUAUCCGGAUCAACUGAGCGUGCUGAACCUAGGCAGCAGCACGCAGGGAAACGACAUUAAGGGCGUCAAAGUGGGCAAUAAUCCUGCAAAUAAAGCUAUUUUCAUUGAGAGUGGUAUUCAUGCACGCGAGUGGAUCGCUCCAGCCACAGCGACUUAUAUAAUCAAUGAGCUAUUGAACUCGACGGAUGAGCGUGUCCAGAAGCUGGCCAAGAACUACAAUUGGUUUGUGUUUCCAUGCGUUAAUCCUGACGGCUACAAAUACACAUUUGAGCACGAUCGCAUGUGGCGCAAGAAUCGCCAGUUGUUUGGCACCUGUCGUGGCGUGGACUUGAAUAGAAACUAUCCCGAUCAUUGGAACUCGACCGGUUCUAGCAGCGAUCCCACGCGUUAUGAUUUUGCUGGGCCCAGCGCCGCCAGCGAACUGGAGACGCAGCGACUGAUUGAGUUCAUACGCGAAAAUGUGGAGAAGGAACAAAUCAAGACUUACAUUGCCCUACACUCGUACUCACAGAUGCUCAUGUUUCCCUAUGGCUACACCAAGGAGCACGUAUCCAAUUACGACGAUCUGCAAGAAUUUGGAAAGAAGGCAUCGGCGGCCAUCAAGGCUGAAAGUGGGCGGGACUACGUAAGCGGGAAUCUGUACGAGACUAUCUACCCUUCAAGCGGUGGCAGCAUGGACUGGGCUCAUGCCGAGGCCGGUAUACCAAUAGCAUACACAUUUGAGCUGCGCGGGCCACCCGACAGCCAGGACCUAUUCAUUCUGCCAGCUGUGGAGAUACAGCCGACGGCCAGUGAAGCCUUUACAGCGAUUCGUACAAUUGUCGAGGCCGCAGCCGAAAAGGGAUACUACAAGUGAAUUUUCUCCUUGAUAAUGUUAAACUGAUGAUAUUCUUAAAGAACUUGACGUAUAACGAUGUAGAUUACUAAGUACAUUUUGUUUUGACAAGCGAUAUAAUCUUAAAUAAACUCAAAUGUUUUACUGUUUUGUGACUUUACAGAACUGAAAGAUAAAAAA